AAAAUUCUAUCUAUCAUUUAUUAGUUUGUGUUAUAGCCGGCUAAAAUGAGGUUCUUAACGAUUAUAGCGUUCUUUUGCGUCUUGGCAGGCUGCUCUUGCUCAGAUUCAACUACGUCAUCUGGAUAUUAUUGGGACCCAUACUCAUCAUCUUGGGUUGCUUACGGAGAUUCUACCACUUCGUAUCCCUACGGGGAGGAUGCAACUACAUCUGCACCUGUUGCUCCGUCAACUUCCAGGCCUCCAUGUGAUGGAAAAACCCAAGGACCUUGCGCAAAUCUUCUAAAGGGUGCACAAAAGCUUUAUUUCUUCUAUUAAAAAAUCACUCAAACUUGUA